AUGGCUCUGUUUUUCCUCAGCCUGUGGUUCCUCUUGGGGGCUUGCUUAGGGUGCCAGCAUCCACUCUGUCAGUGCUCAGACAGAAUGGCAUUCAUCUGUCAGGAGAGUGAGGUAACCUAUGUACCACGGGACAUCCCCAGGAAUUCCACUGAACUGAUAUUUUUUCUCACUAAAAUAAGAAUCAUCCCCAAAGGAGCUUUCUCAGGAUUUGAAGAAGUGGAAAAAAUAGAGAUCUCUCAAAAUGAUGCACUGGAAACCAUAGAAUCAGAUGUUUUCUCCCACCUGCCCAAGCUUUAUGAAAUAAGGAUUGAGAAAGCAAACAAUCUUGUGUAUAUCGAUAGACAUGCAUUCCAGAAUCUUCCUAGUCUCAGAUAUUUGUUAAUAUCGAACACUGCCAUCAGAUUUUUGCCUGUUGUUAACCAAGUACACGCUUUGCACCAAGUUGUGUUAGAUAUUCAAGACAACAUAAAUAUUCGCAAAAUUGAAAAAAAUUCUUUUCUGGGCCUAAGUUCUGAUCGUGUUGAUAUAAAUCUGAGUGAUAAUUAUAACCUAGAAAAGUUACCGAAUGAAGUUUUCCAAGGAGCCCAUGGACCAGGUUAUUUGGAUAUUUCUGAGACAAAGAUCAGCCAACUACCAAACAUUGGUUUAGAGCACAUUAACAAGUUGGUAGCGAAAUCUACGUACAACUUAAAAAAGCUCCCUCCCUUGGACAAGUUCCAUGCUUUGAUUGAGGCAAACCUCACAUAUCCAAGCCACUGCUGUGCAUUUGAAAAUCGGACUAAGCAAAAUUCUGUGAUGCACCCUAUAUGCAAUAAAUCUGCAAUUUCAGAAGAGUCUGAUGAGUUCAGUUUUGAGCUGGAUGAAAAUGAUUACUAUCAUGCUCUAUGUAGAGAAGAGUUUAAAGUGGCUUGCUUCCCAGAGCCUGAUGCCUUCAACCCAUGUGAAGACAUAAUGGGCCACAUAAUUCUCCGAAUUCUGAUAUGGUUCAUCAAUAUCUUGGCCAUCAUGGGAAACCUUGUUGUGUUCAUCAUUUUAGUUAGCAGCCAAUACAAGCUCACUGUCCCUCGAUUCCUUAUGUGCAAUCUUGCAUUUGCUGAUCUUUGCACAGGUAUUUAUUUACUAUUGAUUGCCAUCAAAGACAUGCAGAGUAGAACUCAGUAUUAUAAUUAUGCUAUUGACUGGCAAACUGGGGCUGGUUGCAAUACAGCUGGUUUUUUCACUGUAUUUGCAAGUGAACUCUCCGUAUACACUUUAACCGUCAUCACAUUAGAACGAUGGCAUACCAUCACCUACGCCAUGGAACUAGACCGCAAAGUCCGCUUCCGGCAUGCAGUGAUAAUUAUGUUGGUAGGAUGGGUCCUUGCCUUCACAGUGGCCCUCCUUCCCAUAUUUGAAGUCAGCAGCUAUAUGAAAGUUAGCAUCUGCCUACCUAUGGAUAUUGAAACUCUGCUUGGCCAGACCUACGUCAUGUUUUUGCUGAUAUUAAAUAUUCUUGCCUUUGUUAUCAUCUGCUCCUGCUACAUCAGCAUCUACUUCACAGUGAGGAAUCCCAAUGUUUUCUCAUCCAACAGUGAUACCAAGAUUGCCAAACGCAUGGCAAUACUAAUCUUCACAGAUUUCCUUUGCAUGGCACCAAUCUCCUUCUUUGCCAUUUCAGCAUCACUCAAGGUCCCUCUGAUCACUGUGUCCAAUUCAAAGAUCCUCCUUGUUUUGUUCUACCCCAUUAAUUCAUGUGCCAAUCCAUUUCUUUAUGCUAUCUUCACCAAGACGUUUCGCAGGGAUUUCUUCAUCCUACUAAGUAAGUUUGGCUGCUGUGAAAUGUACGCUCAGAUUUAUAGAACGGAAACCUCCUCUUCUGUUCAUACCUCCCACAUGAAAAACGGGCAUUGUACCCCAGCUUCUAAAACCAGUGAUGGAACAAUUUAUUCAUUAGUGCCUCUGAAUCAUGUAAACUGAAGCAGAAUGACUGUAAAUUUAUGUCAAAGGUUAUCAAAUGGUGAUUCUGCUUCCUUGGCAAGAUGAAGGCAAUUACAAGAGAUGACAAUUUUUUCCAUAAUUUCAAAUUGCUAUUUAGUUGUUUAGUUCUCAGGCAUACCACACUGAUAUAAAAUUGAUGGGGUUAAAUGUAGUUACCAACAUGUGAUAUUGCUGAAAUAUCUUGA